AUAAUGGUUCAUAAAAAAAAAAAAAAGAAGAUGAAGAAAAAUGAAAAGAAAAAGAAAAGAUUACCAACUACAAUAUACCUGCACUGCAUCGCCGUCUCUCACAAAGCGUGUCUGAACUGAACCAUUUUUACUCCCACACUCAAUCUCUCUCUCUUAUCGCAAGAAACACAACACAAAAACUCCCUCUGAUAAAUGGCUAACACGGAAGAUCCCAACCCUAACAAUGCCACUCAACGCUCCAUAAACACCAAUGGCGAUGCGGAACUCGACGACGAAGAUGACGAUGACAUCGACGACGACGACGAAGAAGAAGACAACGACGACGUCGUUCGGGAAUCGAAUCGUCGAAUUCCCCAAUCUGCAGAGUCCAAGUGGCGGGAACAGCGUUUCAAGGUGGAAACCCUGUCCCGGCGGUUGUCGUCGGAGUUGGUUCCUAUCCGAGUCCACGACGUGUUUAUUAACGGCAACACGAAGACGAAGGAUUGGGUGAUUGAGGCGGAACUCAAGGGCAUCGAAAACGCCACUAGCAUGCAGGAGCUUAUGCAAGCUUCGCAAAUCGCCAUUGCGAGGCUUCAGGGGCUCGAAAUCUUCGAUUCCUGCAAGGUUAGGCUUGAGUCUGGUCCCCGAGAGCUCCCUAACACUGCCAAUGUCAUCGUCGACGUUGUAGAGACCGAUAGCAAAGUUUCCGGCGAAUGCGGCGUUUAUACCAAACCCUCCACUAGUUCUUGGACUACUGAAGGUACUCUUAAGUAUAAAAAUUUGUUGGGUUAUGGUGAUCUCUGGGAUGCUUCCUUGGCUUAUGGUGCCAACCAAGCAACAGAGGUGAGUGUAGGGGUGUAUGCUCCGCGACUUAAAGGGUUAUUAACUCCUAUUGUGGCACGAAUGUCCAUGCUUUCCCAAGAUUGGCAAGAUUCUUCCUCAUACAAAGAGCGGUUGCUGGGUGUGUCUCUUGGCUUAGUCUCUACAAAGCACCAUGACUUAGCAUACACUCUUGGAUGGCGUACCUUAACAGAUCCAUCCCGAAUGUCAUCCAGGUCUAUAAGAAGGCAGCUUGGGCACAGUUUAGUGUCAUCUCUGAAGUAUACAUUUAAAAUUGACAGGAGAAAUUCACCUAUUAGACCAACAAAAGGAUAUGCUUUUCUCUCCACCACUCACUUUGGUGGCCUUACACCAGAUCACCGGAGCUCGCGGUUUCUGCGUCAGGAGUUUGAUGUACGCCUUGCUGUCCCUUUUGGGUUUUAUAAUACAGCAGUAAACCUUGGCAUAUCUGCUGGUGUUGUUUUUCCAUGGGGGCAUGGUUUCAAAACCAAGCCAUCUCCCCUUCCAGAAAGGUUUUAUUUGGGUGGUGAUUUUUCUCCAGUUUGCACCCUAGGAGGACCAACAACAUUAUGGGGAUUUAAAACUAGAGGAUUAGGUCCUACUGAACCACGGAGGCAAGAUAGAGAAGGAUCUAAUGAUGACAAUGGUGAUUCCUCUGGAUGGGACUUCAUUGGAGGAGAUCUCGCUGUUACUGCUUUUGCAGACCUCUCUUUCGAUCUUCCAAUUAGGUGGUUGAGGGAACAUGGAAUCCAUGGGCAUGUUUUUGCUGGUUCUGGGAAUACUGCUAAAUUAACACAGAAUGAAUAUAAGCACUUCUCUCCUCAAAAGUUCGUAGAAUCUUUUCGAACAUCAGUGGGAUGUGGAAUUGUUAUUCCUACUAGACUCUUCCGGCUAGAGGGUAAUUACUUCUACGUACUCAGGAAGGAUGAGCAUGAUCGUGGGAAGACUGGAUUUAGGUUUAGCUUCUCAGCUCCUUCGUAGCAGCUGGGUUCUCAGCUGGAUAUUCUUUUCCUUUCUAUGUAGUUCUUCAAGCAUUAAACAUUUUUGCUGUCUAUCUCAGCAUUGCAUUUUCAUUUUCUUCUUCCCUUAAUUGCAGACAAAAUAAGAGAGGGCAUUGUUUUAUUAUAUUCACAGCGAUCUGGUUUUGGAGUGAUAUUAUCCAUUUGGGAAUCAAAUUCAUAACAUAUCAGCCGAUGCUCAUUGCACUGCAAAUGUGCAUGAAAUUCGAAAAUCAUGCACUACGUAAGGCAUUACCCGUGAGAGUUCAUUGCUUUUUUUUUUUUAGCCCGCUUGUAUUUUGAACUAUAUACACAGCUCACUCUCUUUUUCUUGGGUCAACCACAGCUUCCUCUUGUAUUGGUUGAUAGUGAUGGAUCAUCCACGUGGGGAUUGCUGCGUAUUGUGUGUGUAUAAUGUUUUAUUUCUUUUGAAAGAGCAUCAAUCAGGCCCACAAUAUGCAGAAAUUAGGGGACUAAUGUGUCAAAAUAAGGAAGCUGGUUUCGUGGUUGUUUGUUUAAUCUUUAGAAUUAAUUUCUUACAAUAUGGCAUACGUUUUAUUAUACAACUUGUAAUUAAGAUUUACUUCUAAAAAUAUUUCAAUUAGAUUUAGUAG